AUGCCUGCUUCAGCUUCAGACAGACGUCCUUCAGAACCAAGUCUGGGCGGACCCACUCACGCUAAUGCAUUCCCUUCUGCACAAGCCGCCAAGCCAACCAAGAACAAAAAAAAGAAGAACAAGAAGAAAAAUGGGGCCAACCAACAAGCUACAAAAGAUGACACUCAAACCCCACCGCCUGAACCUAAAGCAGAAUCUUUUACAGAAGAAGCAGUGUCAGAUUCCUCUGAUAUUUCGGAAAUGCCCAAAGAAAUAAACGAGGACAAAAUCACCAUAAUUUCAAAGAAUGACCCGACGUCUGUCGAUCACAAAGCUAUUCAUGCUGCCGUUUUAGCCGUCAUUAAGGCUUCCAAAGUAGAUAUCUAUACACUAUUGGAAAGACUCGGUAAAACAGCCGAUAUUACUCUAGAAAAGAAAGAGUUCAAAAACAUCGAUAAUUCUUCCCCUACAAUCGACCCAGAGGCUAUCAAAGCAGCUAUCGCCUCUGUUAUCUCAGCUUCAAAAUUGGAUGCUUACAAAAUUCUUGGCACCUGUAGUGGAUCCGAAGCUACGGAUCCAAAGGUCCAUUCAAAGGGAACUCUAGUGGUAGAUCCGGAGGCCAUAAAUGCUGCCGUUCUAGCUGUCAUUGAAGCUUCAAAAAUAAAUAUUAAUACAAUUUUAAAGUCACUUUCUCCGGGCCCUAUAAAACAGACUACUCGACCAACAAAAGCAGAUCCUCCCAAGAUAGAUCAAGAAGCUAUUCAGGCCGCCGUUCUUGCCGUCAUAAAAGCUUCCAAAUUGAAUGUUGAGUCUGUUUUGAAAUCAGUUCAUCCCGAAUCAGCCAAAGAAACGGCUCCAGGCAAAGAAACAGUUCCAGUCAAAGACGUGGCAGCCGCCAAGGCGUCAUCCACUUCCGUACCUCAAAUGCCUCCAAAUGCUGUUCAAGCUGCCGUAGAGUCUGCCAUCAAAACUUCAGAUCUAAAAAUCUAUAGCAUUUUGAAUAAUGUGCAUGGAGAUCUUGAUAGGCAUGUUAGCCCAGCCCAGAACCCCAGCCAUAAUCCCACUUGGGCAGAUAUUCUCGAAAAGGGUACCAAAAAUGAACCUUCGCAUGUGAACCCUUCCACAAAGAACACUGAGGCUGAUAUGACUGAGACUUAUCAGCAAUCGUCCACCGAGCAUAUUUUAUCCCCACCUAACAAAGUCCCGACUUCGUUUGAGACUCAUCCGAUCAAGCCUGCCACUAAUGAUAGCAGCAAUAGUUUAGCUGGACAUAGUACAUCUACCAAGUCUACCACAGUACCUCAGGCCCACAGUACCAUUUUAGAUAUGAACGUCGACGAAUCUGCUCACAAAGACGAAAAUACAUUUGAAGCAAAGUCAGAAGCAUCAAUGCGCACAGACAAAGCCUUACCACCUCUUCAUAUUGAAAGGCUCUCAUCCGAUAUUCCGCAGGCCGGUCCAGCUCCAUUUCUGGCAACUUCUAUUCAAAGCGGCCAAGGUAGACAAAACGUCCAAGGCAGUCAAGCGCUGGGAGCGUCACGUUCAUAUGAACCUUUUCCUCAGCAGCAACAGCAGCAACAGCAGCAGCAGUCUUAUCAAUCCAAUCCUCACUCUCAAAAUGACCUUGGUCAUCGAACUUCUUCCUCGGAUAAUUCCAUCAAGCGUCCACCUCAAGCCAUCCCUGUUCCUCCGACAGCAAGUCAAAUUCCACCUACAGUUAAUCAUCCUUCUGGCCAAGAGUCGGCUCCUAAUCGUGCCAGACCUUCAGCUCCUCCACCCCAUCCGCACAGAACAGAGCCUCUUCCAAAAGAAAAGAAGACUACCUGCAAUAUCUUAUAAAUAUUGGUAGAGCUAAUAGUCACUGACUAUACGUACAAAACAAUACUUUAUUUAUGCAAUGUUUUGUUCCAAAAUAAAAAGUAUCCAUAUAAUACAAAG